CUUUAUAAUCUCCCUUGUUCUCUUCUUCAUCAAACUGCUGCAAAAACACAACUUAUAAGAAACCCCUAGCUCCUUCAAACUUUUCAACGAUCUCCAUUAAUGAAUUCAAUGGAUUACUCUGUUGCAGAAAUGAGUUGUGUUCUUAAUGCAAGUGUUCAAUGUGAAGCAUGCAAAGCAAAAAUCCAAGAAAUUCUACAAAACAUCUAUGGUAUUUACACAAUCACAAUGGACUCUGAUGAUGGAUCAGUCAGAAUCUGUGGAAGAGUGAAUCCAAGAACAUUCUUGAAAGUGAUUGAAAAAUCAGGCAAACAUGCAGAGGUGAGAAGUAUAAGAUUUGAUGGUGAAGCUGGAGAUAGAAGAUAUUACCCUUCUUUUGGAGACGAUGCUUCCAAUCAUUCUUCAUACUCCAACCCUUACCAGAGCUAUAAUGAACAAUCUCAUUGGUUUGACAGAUGUUACCCCAACCUACAGCGGCCGCAGCCAUAUCCUUGGCAAUUAAUGCUACCACAGCCGCAGCCCCAACCUGUGUCAUGGCCAAUGAUGUGGCCGGGAUGGCCGCAACCUGAUAAUCAAUUUCUUGACGGAAACCAAAAUAAUUUUCAGAGAUGUUGUACGGUUAUGUAAGAGUUUUGAAUAAGAUUAAAUUUAGAAACUAUGAACCAUUCACUCAAUAUAUGAAUGCAAUGGUUUCUUUCCUUAUUUCUUGAAGAACAAUACCAAAUUCUUCUGGUUUCUUAUACUAGAAAUUUACCAUUUUUUUGUGAA